GCGCAGCGUUCUUCUUGCGCACAUGCGCAGUGGCGCUGAGGCGAGGUCGCGGCGGAGCCGAGGCGCGGCGCGUUCCGGGCCAGGCUUCUCAGGCGCGGGCUGGAAGGGUCUCUUAAUCAUCCCUGCAAGUUCUGGGCUCCAAAUUUGUAACUAAGGCUGCUGACUCUACCUUGACCUUGUUCUGCCCCUGGCUGCAGCAGCCCUUGAGAGAAUGUCUUUGUGGCUGUAGCAUGAGACUUCAAGCAGUUGGCUCACUACUGGAAAAAUAAAGGAUACUGCCAGACUGACCUUCCUGUCUGUAGCAAUGUUCUCCCCGUGCAAGAGGAUGACCAGUUCUUCACGCUCCCAAAUCCUUCUAAUGUGGAAGCCAGACAAGGUUCAGAGUGGACCCCACAAUGUGGAGAAGGAAACGCAUGCUUUGAGACUCUUGCGUGACACUGAGACCUGUCGACAGAAUUUUCGAAAUUUCCCUUAUCCAGACAUAGCUGGUCCUCGAAAGGCGUUGAAUCAACUCCGAGAGCUCUGCCUUAAAUGGUUAAGACCUGAGAUUCGCUCCAAGGAACAAAUCUUGGAGCUGCUGGUGCUAGAGCAAUUCCUGACCAUCCUGCCUGGGGAGGUUAGGACGUGGGUGAAGUCCCAGUACCCAGAGAGCAGUGAGGAAGUGGUGACUCUGGUGGAGGAUUUGACUCAGAUUCUAGAAGAGGAAGCUGCUCCUCAGCAUUCUGCCCUUCCCCAACAGACCCCAGAGGAAGACCCCAAAGGAAGACCUGCUUUCCAGGCAGGAUGGUUAAAUGACUUGGUGACCAAAGAAUCAAUGACAUUCAAAGAUGUGGCUGUGGAUAUCACCCAGGAGGACUGGGAGAUCAUGCGUCCUGUACAGAAGGAAUUGUACAAGACUGUGACGUUACAGAACUACUGGAACAUGGUUUCUCUGGGACUGACCGUGUACCGACCAACUGUGAUUCCCAUGUUGGAAGAACCAUGGAUGGUGAUAAAAGAAAUCUUAGAAGGCCCUAGUCCAGAAUGGAAAACAGAAGCCCAAGAGUGUACUCCAGUUACAGAUACUUCUAAGUUCACAAAGACUGGUACUCAGACCAUCAAGUUGGAGGAACCAUAUGACUACGAUGACAGAUUAGAGAGGCAAGCAGCAGAUACCUUCAGGAAAAUUCCCACCAGCGGAAGAAAUUCCCCUUUGAAGUCCGUCCUCUCACAAGAAGAUGACCCUAUGGAAGAGUGUCUUAGUAAAUAUGAUAUAUAUAGAAAUAGUUUUGAAAAGCAUUCAAACCUAAUUAUUCAAUUUGGUACCCAAUCAGAUAAUAAAACUAUGUAUGAUGAAGGCAGGGCAACCUUCAAUCAUGUCUCAUAUGGUAUUGUACAUAGAAAGAUAUACCCUGGAGAGAAGCCUUAUAAGUGUAACGUGUGUGGGAAAAAGUUUAGGAAGAACCCGUCCUUCGUGAAACACCAAAGUACCCAUGCCAAAGAAAAAUCUCAUGAAUGUGAAGAAUGUGGGAAAGAGUUUAGGCAUAUCUCAUCCCUUAUUGCACAUCAGAGAAUGCAUACUGGAGAAAAACCAUACGAAUGCCACCAGUGUGGUAAAGCCUUCAGCCAGCGUGCACACCUUACCAUACAUCAGAGAAUUCAUACUGGAGAGAAGCCCUAUAAGUGUGAUGACUGCGGAAAAGACUUCAGUCAGCGUGCACACCUUACUAUACAUCAAAGGACACAUACUGGAGAGAAACCAUAUAAAUGCUUGGAAUGUGGUAAAACCUUCAGCCACAGUUCAUCACUGAUUAAUCAUCAGCGAGUUCAUACCGGUGAAAAACCUUAUAUAUGCAACGAGUGUGGGAAAACUUUCAGUCAGAGUACACACCUUCUUCAGCAUCAAAAAAUACAUACCGGAAAGAAACCGUAUAAAUGCAAUGAGUGUUGGAAAGUGUUUAGUCAGAGUACUUACCUUAUUCGACAUCAGAGAAUUCAUUCCGGAGAGAAGUGUUAUAAAUGUAAUGAAUGUGGAAAAGCCUUUGCUCAUUCCUCAACUCUCAUUCAACAUCAGACUACUCACACUGGAGAGAAAUCCUAUAUAUGUAAGAUAUGCGGAAAAGCCUUCAGCCAGAGUGCAAACCUCACUCAACACCAUAGAACACAUACUGGGGAGAAACCGUAUAAAUGCAGCGUGUGUGGAAAAGCAUUCAGCCAGAGCGUACACCUUACUCAGCAUCAAAGAAUUCAUAAUGGAGAAAAACCCUUCAAAUGCAAUAUAUGUGGGAAAGCAUAUAGACAGGGUGCCAAUCUCACUCAACAUCAGAGGAUUCAUACCGGAGAGAAGCCGUAUAAAUGUAAUGAAUGUGGGAAAGCUUUUAUUUAUUCCUCGUCACUUAAUCAACAUCAGAGAACUCAUACUGGAGAACGGCCCUAUAAAUGUAAUGAAUGUGAUAAGGAUUUUAGCCAGCGAACAUGCCUUAUUCAACACCAGAGAAUUCACACAGGAGAGAAGCCCUAUGCAUGCCGUAUAUGUGGUAAAACCUUCACCCAGAGUACGAACCUCAUUCAGCAUCAGCGUGUUCAUACUGGUGCCAGACAUCAUAAUUAAUGGAUAUGGCAGAUGACUUCACUUAGGUUUUACAGUUCACCCGAAUUUUAUUUUGUGCUCUGUUAAAACAUUAUUCAAAAGAAGUGCAAUAUAUGUUAGAUAUCAGCAGAAGUAUCAAAAGAAGUAUCAGAAUUAGUAAUGUGGAUAUAAGCUAUUUAAAUUUAAUGUGAAAUUUAAAAAGAAAACUUUAUUCACUUCUUAACCUUUAUUUGAUACUAGUUCAAUUCAUUCCAGAGAGAAACCCAAUCUGUAACUCAUCAACUCUUAGUGUAUUUGAAGUACUUCUUAAUGAGACCUUAUGAAUGUAACUUGGGAAAGCUUCCAUCAAGUAGGGAUUUCACACUAGCAAGGAAUCUUGGGAUAAUUGAAAAAGCUGCUUUAAGGCCUUUAUUACUUCCCAGCUUUGAAGCCUUAAAUACAUAAGGGGUUCCCUUCCCUUUUCCUAUUAAUGCCAUAACUGCCAUGUGGAGCCAGUAGGUUUGCAAAAUAUAUACAGUGGAAAGUAUCUUAAUUUCUAUGUGACAACUGUGUAAUUACAUUUUGCUUUACUGAAAUAUUCAAGGAAGAGAAGCUUAAUGAAACAUGAUCUGUUAGGAUAACUAAUGUAUAUAUAACCUUUAGACAUGUACAAAUUAAACAGGCAAAAAUUAAACACCCAUCCUUAAAUUCACCUUUAAAACAUAUUAGCCUUAGUUUCACUAGGUUUUGACAUCUGUCAUCCUAAAGGAAAAAAUAAGAAAGUUACCUUUUUUUUUUCACCUGACUCCUAAACUCAUAACUUGAGGUUCCCCUGUGGCUAUUUUGCCAUAGAAAGCCCAUUUCCAUUGAGACCCAUUUCUCGAGUGCCUACUGUGCCCAGGGCCCAGACUUCCCAACUGGAUCUUCACAGGGCUUGUGCUGAAAACCACAGCUGAUUUAACAACAGAAAGCUUACUAAAGUAGUGAAAUGUGACAAAGGACAUGGUCUUAACUAUUAAGUACUGUCACAGAAUGACAUAGGAAGCGUACUAAAAUGGGUUGCCAAAUGCGAUCCCAUAUCCCAAGACAAAGCAGUAGUGAAAGCAGCUAUUUACAGUGUGAGGGAAAAACAAGUCAUGGAAAAUAGAUUUAAGUUCACUACAGAAAGUGGGUCAGGGAAAAAAAUCAAGGGUGAAAACUUAGCAGUGAAGAAAGAAUACACAGGUAACUUACAACAUGAACUAUUGUCGGACUUGGGUUACCUAAGAAAGUAAGAGUGGCUAAUUAAGACUAAAUUCAGCCUGUUUAGAAGAAAGAACUAAAAAUGAAGCAACUGAUUUUAAAGGAAUAAUUGGAAUUGGUUCUUUUUCAUACGUGUAAGUAAAAUAGGGAUUACUCUUAAAAUGUCAAAACGUUUACUGGAAAAAGCAUUGAUGCAGAAACUGUCAUUGAUGCAACAAUCACUAGACAAUAUUAACUAAGUUUGUGGGGUCCUGAACAUAAAAGGAAAACAGGCAAAAAUGCAAAUAGAAACAGGUAAAGAUACUAUUGUGCUUAAUAUCCACAGCAUUCCACGAUCAGAAUAUAAGACCAUAUUCUGAGAGCUGAGAUUUCAUCUUGCUCUUGUUUCUUCAGUGCCUUGCGUGUAGGUUGUGGUCGAUCUAUGUCGGUUGAAUUAAUAAGUAGGUAAGUUAGAAUUGAGUAAUAAGGUAUAAUUAACGGAUAUGGAGUGAAGGUGGUUGAAUUUAAAAUACUUUUGUGCACACAUGCAAAGAAAUACUUGACAAAUACUGGUCAUUCACUGGGUAAGAGGAACUACUUAAAAUUGAAGAAGCAGAAUUCUUAACAGUGGGGAUAUUCCUAAAGAAAUCGUGGGACGUCAUUGCACAGGAAGUUUUCCUGAGCUAGAUGAAGAAAAACUGAUCUAAAUUCUGGUGCCAUAAAUACCAUUUUAAGCAUAUGAUUGACCAUUGCAGUCUCGUUUGGAUGUUACUGUUGAUAGCAAACGUCCUGCAGACAGGUGCCGAAGGAAAGACCUGGGGUGCUAGCAUCUUCAAGGCUUUCUUGUUGAGUGUUUUCUUCAAGAAGCUACUGCUUUCCCUUGUCUUCACCUCCGUUAACCCUGAUGUCAUGGAAUCAUCCUUCACAAAGUGUAGAUUGUCUUCAGGUUACAUAAUACUCGAGUUAGGCUUAUGCCAUAGUUACCAUGUUAGAAAUAACCGUUGUACUUAAGAUGCAAUUUUUAUUUAUAAUGCCACUUCAAAUCUUACACAACACUUUUUCCCCUCCUGGCAUGAAUGUGUGGAGUAUUGCAGUCCAUAGCGCCUUUUUUCGCUUUAAUUUGUAUUUCCUGCCUUUGUUUUAUGUAAAUAAUGCAUUUAUAAAGUCUUCCACUGAUACGCUGAGGCAAUGGAUGCCCUUAGACAGUAACAGAAUAGUGGAGAGUCAUGGAUCUUUGUGUAUUUUUCCCACUUUUUUACAGUUGUCUGAUCCACAUGUAAUUCAAGUUUUUUGGUUUUUUGUUUUUUUUUUUAGCAGAUAGUCUUAUUUUCCACAACUUUUUAUUACAAAGAUGUUGAAAUAUACAGAAAAGUUAAUAAAAUGAACGGUAUAUCUACCACCUAGCUUUAAAAUUUUAACAUUUUUUACUGAACGACUGGAAAGUUAAUUAGACGUGACAUUUCACGCCUAAAUACUUCAGCAUGCAUCUCAUAAAAAUAAGGACUUUCACAUUACCGCGUACAUUACAUACCUUGAAAAAUGAGUAAGAAUUCUCUAAUCUUUAAUGUUUCAUGUUUAAAAUUUCCCUGCUGAUCCCAACAAGUUUCACACAUUAUGUUCAAUUACUAUGUCUGUUUCAUCUGUCCAGGUGUCUCCACUUCUGAUUUUCUCUAGGACUUUUUUUUUUUUUUUUCAACGUUUAUUUAUUUUUGGGACAGAGAGAGAGCAUGAACGGGGGAGGGGCAGAGAGAGAGGGAGACACAGAAUGGGAAGCAGGCUCCAGGCUCUGAGCCAUCAGCCCAGAGCCCGACGCGGGGCUCGAACUCACGGACUGCGAGAUCAUGACCUGGGUGAAGUCAGACGCUUAGCCGACUGUGCCACCCAGGCGCCCCAGGACUUUUUUUUUUUUUUUUAACUUUUUAUUUUUAUUUUUUUUUAUUUUUUUUUUUUUCAACGUUUAUUUAUUUUUGGGACAGAGAGAGACAGAGCAUGAACGGGGGAGGGGCAGAGAGAGAGGGAGACACAGAAUCGGAAACAGGCUCCAGGCUCUGAGCCAUCAGCCCAGAGCCUGACGUGGGGCUCAAACUCACAGACCGCAAGAUCGUGACCUGGCUGAAAUCGGAUGCUUAACCGACUGCGCCACCCAGGCGCCCCCUUUUUUUUUUUUUUUUUUUUAAUAGAGCAGGUCAGUUGUAGAAUGUCUCACAUUCAGGAUUUAACGGAUUGUUUACAUAUGGUUUAUCUUGUUCCUGUACCCCCUGUGGCUUCUGUAAAUUAGUAUUUAUGGCCAAAGCCUUGAUUGGAUUCAGGUUAAAUAUACAUGUUUAAUAUUAACACUUCACCGAUGUUUCUCCUGUUGCAUCAAAUCAAAAGUCUUAUUAGUAUCUGGUUGACCAUCUGUGAUGUGAAUCAUGGUAAUCACCGUAUCUUCCCAAUGUGCAGAUGUGUUUUUUCCGUUGCAGUUAGUCCGGACUGACGCUGGCAGGGUGUGGAUAGCUUGUUCACCAAGAACUUUUCACCUGGUACUUGUAGUACCCAGUGAUGACAAUCGUUCCCCAAAUCAGUUAUUUCCUUAAGAUUGGCAAAACGGCAAUUUUCUAUCAUUCUCUCAACGUUUCCUGAUGCGUAAGUCUGUAAGGCAGAGCUUUCUGUCAUUUGGAACUGCACUAGAGGCAAGGUGCUACUUAAAUCCUUUACUUACCAGUUUUCAGAGUGAGGAGUUGGCAGUGAUGACAGACUAUUCCGUGUGCUUACGUCAAUCAUGGCCAUGGUUUCUGUUGCUCAAAUUGUCCCACAUGUGGCCAGUUGGAACCCUUCCAGUAGCUCUUAUGUCCCUUGUCAUUCCUUCUCUAGCCUUUGGGGACUUCAUUGCCUUCUGACACAAGAGAUCUCAGGUUCAAUGCCCCAGAUAUGGAAUGAGCCAUGUCUCCCGCAAUCCCUGGCUAAGUCAGCAACUAUUUAGAAACCAAGAUCUGGACGCUAGGUAUGCUCGUUGCUGCCGGGGUGUCAUUAGCAGGUAGCCUUUGGGUCUUAACCAUUCAACUUAGUUCUUGUAAAGGCAACUCUUUGCGCUCAUUUCAUCAGUGAAGAGCCGUCAUUACAUACUGGGACAAACUGGGGAGCAAACAACUUAGCCUUUUAAGCAUACAACUAAACUGGAGAGGACGGAAGUGAUAUGUAUACUAGAAAGCAGCAAGCGCAACCCCAAGAGGUCUUGUACCAGGACCAGCAGAGUUUAAGGAAGGGAGCAUGUCAGUUAAUAUGUGGUACCUAGUAUGUGUUAACUAUUACAUGUCUUGGUAAUUCAUGUAUUUAUAAGCUAAUCAUCUUUCCCAUCACAUUCCUUAAGGCAGGUUUCUGAUAAGAUCUAAAUCUGAACCCUGAGGAUCUGUUUCCUGCAAAUCUAAGUGCUAGUUUUUCUUGCUAAACUUUUAUUUGGUCUUCAAAACUAAGAGUGUUAGGUUUCAUUCUUCAACUGUAUCUUCUGGUAUCAAUUCACUUGCAUGUGCCUGUAAAUGUGCUUAGUCGUCUAUUUUGUUACUCUCUUCCUGGCUCUAUAUUUCACUACAGUUACUAGCCCCUUGGAACACUGUAGCCAUUAAGAAUGGCAAGCAUGUGCACUACAGUGAUCUGUGUAAAUAUGUGUGUGAACUCGCAAGCAACGCUAAGUCCUCUGUAUGGAUGGGGAAAGUGAUACCCGUGAUGCUGAAGUGGCUUGCCUGAGGUCAUACAGUCCUACAGCGACAGAAUAAGGGUUCGGACCCAUGCCUCCGGCACUUAGUUGAAUUCUUCCUGUAAAAUUAAUGCUAAUGGAAAUCCCGAGCACAAACAGUAUGUACCUACAAUUUUAUAAAACUGUAUUUUGAUGAGA